UAUUGCUUUUCCUUUUUCUUUUUUGUUGGUGUUACUCAGUUGCUGACGCGGGUUUGUGUUUAUCGUAGGGAUCGACGAAGACCUUGUUGUUCUGGCAGCCGAGGAACUUCGCAAGGCGAGCAAUGCCCUCGGCCGAAUCACCGGCAAGACUGGCAUUGAGGAUGUCCUUGACGCGCUGUUCAGCACAUUCUGCAUUGGCAAGUAGCGAGCCGCGAGCCGGCCAAGCCGCUCGGCUUAUCGUGCAGACCCAAGGCCAAAGCAAUAACGUGACGUGAGCCUAUCCGCCUUUUUCCCCCUAGACUACGCUAUUUGCAUGCUGAAUAUUUUCAUUUUUGAUUCAAUGCUGUCGCGGAAUGUAACAAAGGGCUGGGCGGCAGCAAGCCGCUUCCACAUCCACACCAGCGCCAGGGCCUGCGACCGAGCACAGCCGGCUGGCAAUAACCGCACAGCGUUUCUCGCGUCAAAGCUGCGCGCUAUGGGCAGCCGCGGCACCGGCAUCGGCGGCAUGCGUCCGGCCACUGCCCCGAAACCAUCGGUUUCCAACGCCAAGCCCAUAGCGCCCCGGCCGAAGCCCCAAAUAGCGCGGCCCAGUUUCGGGGCGGCCCCGUUAGCAAAGGCCGAGCCGGGCAAUGAGCGGGCAGCGCGGGACGAGGAGAUCCAGUCGGCAGUGAUCACGCUGAUUUCGCUUGAGGGCGUGGUGGAGGGAGCGCGGCCGCUGGCGCAGGUGCUGCGGGAGCUGGACCGCGACCAGUUUACAUUGAUGGUGGUGGAUCCGCAGCAGACGCCGCCCGCGUGCCGGGUGUUUUCGCGCAAGCUGCUGUAUGAGCGCGAGCGGCAGGCGAAGCGGCAGAAGAAAACGGCAGUGAAGGCAGCGAAGCCGCAGGUGGUGCGGCUGAAUGCCAAUAUCGGCGAUCACGACUUCGAGAUCAAGCUGCGCAAGGUGGUCGAGUUUCUGGAGAAAGGGCGGCGGGUGACGGUGCAGAUUGAGGAGAGGUCGCGGAAAGCUCGCAUGAAUGCGCGCACGGAGGAGCGGGCGGCCAAGAUUAUGCUGGAGGUCGAGGGCAAGUGCUCGGUGGUGAAUCCGCCGGGUGUCGAGGCAAAUGUGUGGUCGGUAGCGCUGCAGGGCAAGGCCGUCAAGGAGUAACAAAAAGCAGUGCUGCGAUCGGGUUCCUGGCGAUGGUCUGGGAUACCAGGAGCCCUCCUUUCAUAGAAAUUGCCGAUGCAUGCGCGGCGUUGGGCUCAUGCAUCCCACUGUGAAGGGCGCUGUGGUUGCUCCAACCAUAUUGUCGGGGAGUCACUGUGGG